CCGCGGGAGCCCAAGAAGGCGGCCAGGCGCGAGGAGGUGGCUCUGGAGGCACCUCCGCCAGGUAAAAAUAGCAACAGGAAAGGUAUGAGGACCCAGAGCUCCGAGAAGGAGGCCAGUGACGAGUACAGUGUCUCUGUGGCCCGAGACGACAUCAGAGAAGAUUGUCCUCCUCUCGGCCUGGAAACCUUAAAAGUCACAGACUUCCAGCUGCACGCGUCCACGGUGAAGCGCUACGGCCUGGGGGCACAUCGGGGGCGACUCAACAUCCAGGCGGGUAUUAAUGAAAACGAUUUUUAUGAUGGUGCGUGGUGCGCGGGGCGGAACGACCUCCAUCAGUGGAUCGAAGUGGAUGCCCGACGUCUCACCAAGUUCACGGGCGUCAUCACGCAAGGAAGGAACUCGCUCUGGCUGAGUGACUGGGUGACCUCCUACAAGGUCAUGGUGAGCAACGACAGCCAUACCUGGGUCACGGUCAAGAAUGGAUCUGGAGACAUGGUAUUUGCAGGGAACAGUGAAAAGGAGACUCCCGUUCUCAACGAGCUGCCGGUCCCCAUGGUGGCCCGCUACAUCCGCGUCAACCCGCAGUCCUGGUUCGACAACGGGAGCAUCUGCCUGAGGCUGGAGAUCCUGGGCUGCCCUCUGCCAGACCCCAAUAACUACUACCACCGGCGGAACGAAAUGACCACCACGGACGACCUGGAUUUCAAGCACCACAGCUACAAGGAAAUGCGCCAGUUGAUGAAGGUUGUGAAUGAAAUGUGCCCCAAUGUCACCAGAAUCUACAAUAUCGGCAAGAGUCACCAGGGCCUGAAGCUGUACGCGGUGGAGAUCUCGGAUCAUCCCGGGGAGCACGAAGUCGGGGAGCCUGAGUUCCACUACAUCGCCGGUGCCCACGGCAACGAGGUGCUGGGCCGGGAGCUGCUGCUGCUGCUGGUGCAGUUUCUGUGCCAGGAGUACCUGGCGGGCAACACGCGCAUCGUCCGCCUGGUGGAGGAGACCCGGAUCCACAUCCUCCCCUCCCUCAACCCCGACGGCUACGAGAUGGCCUACGAGGGGGGCUCGGAGCUGGGCGGCUGGUCCCUGGGACGCUGGACCCACGACGGGAUCGACAUCAACAACAACUUCCCUGACUUAAACACGUUGCUCUGGGAGGCGGAGGACCGACAGCACACCCCGAGGAAAGUCCCCAACCACUUCAUCUCAGUCCCGGAGUGGUUUCUCUCUGAGAACGCCACGGUGGCGGUGGAGACGCGGGCCGUCAUCGCCUGGAUGGAGAAGAUCCCCUUCGUGCUGGGCGGCAACCUGCAGGGCGGGGAGCUGGUGGUCGCGUACCCCUACGACAUGGUGCGCUCGCUCUGGAAGACGCAGGCGCCCAGCCCCACACCCGACGACCACGUGUUCCGCUGGCUGGCCUACUCCUACGCCUCCACGCACCGCCUCCUGACCGACGCCCGGCGGCGGGUGUGCCACACCGAGGACUUCCAGGAGGACGGGACGGUCAACGGGGCCUCCUGGCACACGGUGGCCGGAAGUCUCAACGAUUUCAGCUACCUUCACACGAACUGCUUCGAGCUGUCCAUCUACGUGGGCUGCGAUAAGUACCCCCACGAGAGCGAGCUGCCUGAGGAGUGGGAGAAUAACCGGGAGUCCCUGAUUGUGUUCAUGGAGCAGGUUCACCGUGGCAUCAAAGGCCUGGUGAGGGAUUCACGUGGGAAAGGGAUCCCGAACGCCGUGGUCUCUGUGGAAGGCAUCAACCACGACAUCCGAACAGCCAGCGACGGGGACUACUGGCGUCUUCUCAACCCCGGAGAGUACGUGGUCACCGCCAGGGCGGACGGCUUCACUUCCUCCACCAAGAACUGCAUGGUCGGCUACGACAUGGGGGCCACGCGCUGCGACUUCACCCUCGGCCAGACCAACCUGGCGCGCAUCCGCGAGAUCAUGGAGAAGUUCGGGAAGCAGCCGGCCGGCCUGCCGGCGCGGCGGCGGAGACUGCGCGGGCGCAAGCGCCGGCAACGGGGGUGACCGCUCGGACAGCGCCCUGCCCCGCGCACGGAGGCCUCGGCGGCCGCUCGUUUUCCCAGGAGGCGCAUGUGUGCGUUGCGGCCCCUGGGGGCCACGGGCUGAGGGUGUCCUUUCUUUUCUUUGUUCUCCGUACCCACGGAACUUGAACAGAAUAGCGGGGAAGGCUGGUCAGCGCGAGCGAGUGGGCGGUCAGCGGGCGUCCCAGCGUGAGAGACGCUUGCACCUGCGGGACCAGAGGGUUGGGGGGCGGGGGGGCAGCGCCCCUCCCUGUGCAGACAGCGAGGACUCCCCUGGAGGCUGCGAUCUGCUCCCCGCCUUCACGCCCCCCCCCCCAAGGCUCUGCUGCCCCAAAUGCUGUCCUUGGAGGGGCUCGGGGCGCUCUAAGAGAACCCAGCCAGCCUUUCUUCCGCGGGGACAUUCCAACCGCUGCCAAUAAAUUCGCUCUCUGAACAGACGCAGGUGAGUGAGCAUCCGCAAGCCUCGUCGGUUUCGCUUUCCUUUCAACAGGAAUGCGUCACAGAGGGGAGACAGGCUGAAGGCACCCAAUAGUGGUGGUUGGACAGCGGGCAUGGGGCUCGUUGGCUGUGUCCUGCGACCCCACCAGCCCCUGCUGCUCCAGGGGCCCGGGGCUUCCCUGACGGGAGAGCAGGGCCAGCCGGUAGGGGGCCAGUUUGUGUGGCCUGGCUCCUUUGACCUAGGAGGACCUGAGAAGGGCCUGCCCCGCCCCCUCUACUCAAGACACCCCCUUCCAUAGCAGUGAGCCCCCCAUGUUGGCCUGGCAUCCCCGGGAGCCUGCUUGGAGUGUGGAAUGCCCGACCCUCCUUGGGGUGAGUGUGGGCAGCUCUUGAUCUUCUUUGGGCUGAGUGCGGGCUGGUGCCCAGCGUUGCUCAGGAGGGUGACUGGCAACCCUGCAAAAAAGCCGCUCGUCUCCCUCUUUAGCAGUGUUACUGCCCACUGACCUGCAUGAAGGAAAAUAAAGCUAAUGGUGAGAUCCUGUCCGUGUGUGGCUUGGGGACAGAACCACAGCGACC